AUGGCUGGGGCCUGCCGCCGGCCGAGAGCCCAGACUCCAGUUUAUGCAGGUGACGAAAGACCGGGGCCCAACUCCAUUCUGUUCCGCCUAUUCGCGGUCGAGUUAAGGGAGACCCAGGACACAGCUCCAAAUAACGCCAGGUGCCUUCACAUCAACCCGCUUGCCCUGAAUCAAAGUGUUGUCAUCGCUGUUGCCAAUGCCCGGGGACCAACCUGUCACCUGCGACAACACCCACCCCCCACGACUGGCACCAUGAACAAACCCGGCAUGUCGUAUGGUCUCAACUUGACCAAGAAGCCCGGUGCGAAACCCGCGCCUCCAAAGCCAAGAGGAGGAGGUGGUAUAUUCGGCGGCGAUGAUUCCGACUCAGACAAUGGCGAACAAGGCGCCGCACAGCCGUUUUCCAAGCCGACAUCCAAGUCGAAAUCGCGGGCUGGCGCGCCGCCGUCCGCGCCGCCCAAGUCCAAGAAGCCCCAGAUCUCCAUGUACGGGGACCUCUCGAGUGCGCUCGAGUCGCGCAAGAACCAGGAGGCCGCCGAGGAGCUGGACCCGUCCAUCUACGACUACGACGGCGUCUACGACUCGAUGAAGCCCGAGAAGAAGGUCUCGCAGGAGGAUGCCGAGAGGCGGCCCAAAUACAUGAAGAACCUGAUCGCAUCGGCGGCCGUGCGGAAGCGGGACGCGCUGAUCGCCGAGGAGAAGAAGAUCGCGCGGGAGCGCGAGGCCGAGGGCGAGGAGUUCGCCGACAAGGAGAAGUUCGUCACCGAGGCCUACAAGCAGCAGCAAGAAGAGAACAGGAAAUUGGAAGAGGAGGAGAGGCGGCGCGAGGAGGAAGAAGCCAAAAAGAAUAAAGGCGGCGGCAUGACGGCCUUCUACAAGGAUCUACUGAACAGGGGCGACGAACGGCAUACGGAGAUGGUCAAGGCAGUCGAAGAGCGGUCCAAGAACGGCCCCCAGGCAGACGAGGCGGAAUCCACAGAGAAGAAGAACACCACGACAGAGACGGAUAGGGCCAAGGAGAUCAAUGCCAAAGGAGGGUCCAUCGCCAUCAACGAGGAUGGGGAAGUGGUCGACAAGCGAGAGCUGCUCCGGGGCGGUCUGAAUCUCGGCGCGAAGAAGAAGGUCGAAGUACCUAAGGACGCGAGCAGAUCGGACCGCAGGGACGACCGGCAGCCCAGAGGGUUCGUAGGCGCCGGCGGUGGCAAGAACGCCAUGCGGGAACGGCAGUCGCGCAUGAUGGAAGCGCAGCUGGAGCAGGCCCUGAAGCGGUCGCUGGAGGAAGAGGAAGAGGAGAGACAGAAGGUCGAGCGUGCGGCCAAGAGCCGGAAGACGGAGUCGGACAUAUCGAGCGCCAAAGAGAGGUACUUGGCCCGCAAGAGGGCGGCGGAAGAGGAGAAGAAGAAGAACGGUGCCUCGUAG